ACAGAGUCUCUGUUCUGAAAUCCUAAUAAUGGCGUAAUCCGCGACCAGCAGAAUCUUAGCUGGAUACAUCCAUUUGCCUUUCUCCCUUAAUUUACUCUCUCUCUCUCUCUCACAGCUUUUUUUUUUUUUUCCCUCUGAUUCGACCUUUUCACAGUCUCUCUCUCCCCUCCUCUGUUCUCCCUGUGACUCUCUCUCUUUCUCACUCCUUCAUCACUGUGUCUGUGUGCGCGCGUCUCUCUCUCUCUCUCUCUCUGUCUCUCCCCGUCCCAUUACUGCAUUAUCCUCUCUCUUCUCUUUUCUUCGCCUCUUAGUUCUUGCCCAUCCUUCUUCAUUCUCACAAAGAGAGAGACACGCAUACACACUACAAUGCGUUCCUUCUUCACGAUUUUCUUCUUCUUCCUCCUCCUUUUGACCUGCCUGCCUCUGAUUCUCUGUUUAAAACCCGUUCUUUCUCCAGGACGGAGGAUCCUGCAUGAGCCAUUUCAGCCUUUGGGUUCUCCUCCUCCUUCUCCGCCUCCAAUCUCUCCUCCUCCUUCACCCCCAGCGCCGCCCAACGCUAAAUACCCCUUUUCCACUACUACCCCUAAUCAAUCUCCGUUUUUCCCUACCUACCCUUCACCUCCUCCGCCUCCUUCUCCGGCUUCUUUUGCUUCCUUCCCCGCCAAUAUCUCAUCUCUCAUACUCCCGCACGCAUCCAAAUCUAAAUCCUCUUCCGGGAAACUGCUCGGAGUUGCCAUUGGUGCUGUCGUCUGUGCUGUUCUUGUCGCUGGCAUUUCUGCUUUUGUUUACUGUCGGCGGAGGAGGAAGCAGUACUCUGCGGACGAGAAGACUCUCAGAUCCGAUAGUAGUCUCCGGCUGUUCCCUCCCAAUGCUGAAUCUGGUAAUGGAGGUCGAAAGGUGAGGCACACCUCUUCAACUAGCUCCGAGUUUCUUUAUCUCGGUACCAUUGUUAAUCCGAGGGGUGUCGAGGAUCGUUCUGGUUCGCGCGCCAACGAUGGUGGUCACGAUGGACGUAGUGGCGGUGGCGGAGGAGGAAGUGGGGGUGGUGCUGCUGCUGUGGACCCUCGGAAAAUGGACUCGCCGGAGCUCCGUCCGCUUCCGCCUCUUGUGCGGCUAGGUUCGAGACAGCAAUAUGGAGCGGCUCGUGAUGAUGCGGGUUCCGCUACGGCGGACGAUGAGGAAGAGGAAUUCUACUCGCCCAAAGGAUCUCUGGGUGGUCAAGAGAGUUCAAAUGGCACUGGAUCAGGUUCUCGUAGAGUGUAUGCGGCGAUUGCGGGAGAGAAUUUUAUGGGUGGCAGCAGUGAAUCGAGUUCUAGUUCGUAUUCUUCUUCCACUUCGGGCUCACCGGGUCGGUCACAUUCGAUUAGCCUAUCACCGCCGGCGAGCUUGAGCCCCAAAAGAUCGCAGCCGAAAUCACCGGAAGCUACAGUGGUGGACAGCUCUCCUCUGCUGCCAUCAUCCCCACCGCUACCACAGCCACCACUGCCUGCUCAACCCCAGACUGAAGCGCACACAGGCGAGGGAUCUUUACGCUCAUCGUCAGAGAGAAGCCAGUUUUCUUUAUCUCCAGUACGCAAUCAGCAUGUGCAAUCUUCUUCAAUGUCUUCAUUAUCUUCAACACCAGAGAUAGCUUCUGGACGAGAUGGUCAGUCUCCAUUGCUGUCUCCGCUCUCGUUAUCACCAAAUAGAGCUUCUGGGAAGAACCCAGGCGGGGCAGCGAGAGCAACAAGCGUCACAUUUGAAAAUGUUCGGUCUUCUUCCUCGUCUCCUGUUUCUUCAUCGCCCGAGAGAUGUGUUGAGAAAAAAUCAGAUGCGCCCGAGAGGCAUGAUGAGAAAUUUUCUCAUUCGUCACCAAGAUUUCCGGAUGCACCAAUAGAUAGAAAUGCGGACAAAAUUUCAUUUGGAUCACCAAGAUUAUCCACUACCUCGCCGGAAAGGGAUGUGGAGAAAAUUUCAUGUGCGCCAUCAAGAUUAUCAGCUGCAUCACCGCAGAGAAAUUCUGGGAAAACUUCCUGCGAGUCUUCAAGAUUAUCCACUGCAUCAUGUGAGGGAGACGCGGAAGCAGUAUUAUGUGCAUCAUCAAGAUUAUCCGAUGCAUCACCGGCGAGAAACGGGGAGAAGAUCUUAUGUGCGUCACCUAGAUUAUCCAGUGCUUCGAAUCAUAGCGAGAAGUCUCUGUCGUCUUCUUCAGCUUUCUCUCUGCCAUCAUCACCUGAAAAAGUGGUUGAGCACGGUUUGGAUCACUCUCCAAGUCUAUCAAAUGUUUCAGAUCGGUAUAGGCAAUCUCCUAUGCCGACCCUGCUUUCAUCACCAGAAAGAGAAUUGAACAACACUUCAGAUGAUUCUCCUACAGUUGAAAAUGUUGUGGAUCAAAACAGAGAUUCUCCAGUUCUUGCUUCUCUUCCACCUCCGCAACCACAGCGAAAACACUGGGAGAUUCCCAUCCUCACAUCCCUUUUUGGCCAAACAGCAAGAGGAGAUAAAGUUUUGGAUCAAAAUGCGGAAUCUCCAGUUCCUGCUACACCACCACAGCGGAAACAUUGGGAGAUUCCAGUUUUCUCAACACCCAUUGCUCAGCCCAGAGUUUCUCCCGCUCCCCCUCCUCCUCCACCACCACCGCCUCCUCCUCCACCUCCACCUCCAGCUCAGCCACCCCACCAACGAAUACGGAAACAAUGGGAUGUUCCAUCUCCUUCGACACCCACUGAUCAGCCAGUUUCUAGGCCGCCAGAACUGAUACCACCUUCCAGGCCUUUUGUGGUGACAAAUCCAACAACUGAUGUGUCUCCAGUUGAGUUGCCUCCAAAUUCUCAGCAACAAAAUUUGGGGAUAAAUGAGGAGACUCCAAAACCAAAGUUGAAGCCGUUGCAUUGGGAUAAAGUUAGAGCUAGUUCUGAUCGUGAAAUGGUGUGGGAUCAGUUGAGGUCAAGCUCUUUUAAAGUAAACGAGGAAAUGAUUGAGACAUUGUUUGUUGUCAAUACACCAAAUCCAAAACCAAAGGAUACUACACCAAGAUCAGUUCUUCCCCCGCCAAAACAGGAGGACAGGGUACUUGAUCCUAAAAAGUCACAAAAUAUUGCAAUUUUACUGAGGGCACUAAACGUGACUGUUGAAGAAGUUUGUGAAGCUCUAGUAGAAGGUAGUGCCGAUACAAUUGGAACAGAACUACUCGAAAGCUUGUUAAAGAUGGCGCCAAGCAAAGAAGAAGAACGUAAACUGAAGGAACAUAAAGAUGACUCACCAACCAAACUUGGUCCUGCAGAGAAAUUCUUGAAGGCUGUGCUUGAUGUACCAUUUGCGUUCAAAAGGGUGGAAGCCAUGCUUUACAUGGCUAAUUUUGAGUCUGAAGUUGAGUAUCUCAGGAAGUCGUUUGAAACUCUGGAGGCUGCCUGUGAGGAGCUGCGCAACAGUAGAAUGUUCUUGAAACUUCUAGAGGCUGUGCUCAAAACUGGGAACCGUAUGAAUGUGGGGACAAACCGUGGCGAUGCACAUGCCUUUAAGCUUGAUACGCUUCUCAAGCUUGUUGAUGUUAAAGGCGCCGAUGGGAAGACCACCCUACUGCAUUUUGUUGUACAGGAAAUUAUAAGAACUGAGGGUGCUCGUCUCUCGAGUACUUCACAAACUUCAAACUCCUCUUCGAGCGAAGAUGCCAAGUGUAGGAGGCUUGGUCUACAAGUCGUUUCGAGCCUGAGUUCAGAGCUAGCAAACGUAAAGAAGGCUGCUGCUAUGGAUUCUGAGGUUCUCAAUGGUGAUGUCUCCAAACUUUCUAAAGGAAUUUCUUACAUAAAAGAGGUGGUGAAACUAAACAAAGCGACAAAGCAAGAUGAAAGUGGUAACAAAUUUACAGAAUCAAUGAACAAAUUUAUGAUGAUGGCUGAGGAGGAGAUCCUGAAGAUUCAAGCCCAAGAAAGUGUUGCUCUUUCCUUAGUGAAGGAGAUUACAGAGUAUUUCCAUGGUAACUUGGCAAAGGAAGAAGCUCAUCCAUUCAGAAUCUUCAUGGUGGUGAGAGAUUUCUUAUCGGUUCUUGACCGAGUCUGCAAAGAAGUCGGUUUAAUAAACGAGAGGACCAUGGUUAGUUCUGCCCAUAGAUUCCCAGUUCCAGUAAACCCCCUCCUUCCGCAACCCCUAAACCCUAUGCUUCCACAACCCCUACCUGGAUUAUAUGGAAAGAGACAUUACAGCUCUUCAGAUGAUGACAGUCCUUCUCCAUAGCUACAAGGUUCUUAUCUUAUCCCUGAGGUUCAUGGCUGCAUCUUUUGUAGAAACAACCUGGUACCAGGUGUUUUUGACUGGUGGGAGCGUGUAUGGUCUGCUCAAAAUGAUGCAACUCUUUUUGGUUCUCUGUUUAAAAAUUGUAAAAAUCCAUGUAAAAGAUUUGAGUUAUGUUAUAUAUAAGAUUAUAUGUAGAGUAGAAGCUGUUUUUUAUUUUUUUGGAAGAAUAAGUUUGCCAUGCUAUAUGAAUAGGAUGUGCAUUGUUAGAUUAUAACUUAUAACCAUGUGUAUAAAGCUAUUCAAUAGUUCUAUCAA